CAAUGAAUCCACUUCGUUAUGGCUGUCUCAAAAGUGGCAUUAAAAUAUCUUGAAAACAUCAGCAAUAACGGCAACACCAACAAUACCAGCAAUACCACCCAGAUCGAAAACUCUGCCAUCAGGCCCAUCAUUCAACCCAACAAACCAAAUCAAUCAUUUAGCAAUAAUCCACCAAAAUUUAGAUAUCCUUUGAAAUCUACAAACACCAAUACAAGCCCUAUAGCUGCGCGCAAUGAUUUUAAUCUGAAAAGCAAAAACAAGUUUAAUAAUAACGAUUUUCCUACUAAAAAAAACUUAUCACCAGCCAAAAUCAAUAACCCUAUCUUGAGACGAAAUUUAAAAAAAGUUGAUUCGAAUUCAAGUCCAAAUUCUAAGUCUCCUCAGUCUCCUUCUUUACUGACCUCUUCUUCUCCCACAAAAUCAAAAUCGACAUUAUCAUCAAAAUCAAAAUCGAAAUCAAUUGCAAAUUCUAUUGCUAAAUUUGAAAAUUUUAAUCAUUCAACUGACCCAAUUUUGCCCGUUAAUAACCUCUCUUUAGGCACAAAAAGCCAAAAAAAUUCUCCUAAUUCACCAAACUUGUCAAAGUCUUCCUCAUCUAGCUCUCUUUCUAGUUCAAUUUCAACUUCAAACUUCAAAAGAAAUUUUUCAAUUAAAAACAAAGAAAGCGUCAUUGGUUUAAAAGGAAGAAAAAAACUCAUAAUUUCAGAAGAUGAUCAAGCAAACUUAAAUCAAUUUAAAAUUGAUAGCAAAAUCAACAAUUUGCAAGGUUAUGAAUAUCUUUGUCGAGUUGGAGAAGCAAAGCAAUGGUUGCAAAAUAUAAUUCAAGAAGAAUUACCUUCUGAACAUUAUUUAACUAAUGAUGCUCUAAGAGAUGGUGUUAUUUUAGCAAAAUUGACCAAAAAAAUUUCUCCAAAUUUAGUUAAAAAAAUUAUUCCAAGUAACCCAAAAAAUAAAAAUUUACAAUUCAAACAUACUGAAAACAUUAAUUGUUUUUUUAAAUUAUUUGAUUUAAUCAAUAUGCCUGAGAUCUUUAGAUUUGAAUUAACCGAUUUAUAUGACAAAAAAAACAUCCCAAAAGUUAUAUUUUCAAUUCAUGCUUUAUCUUAUAUAUUAGUCAGUAAUGAAGUCUCUUUGAAAAAAAAUUCAAACUUUAAUUUAACCGAUAUCAACUUAAAGAAAAUGGAUAAUUUGGUUGGUAAAUUAAAUUUUACUAAUGAUGAAAUUUUGAACUCUCAAAAAAUUCUAGAUAAUUCAAAUACAAACUUAAAUAAUUUCAAUGAUUUAUCUAAAAGUGCAACCUCAAAAAGUAAUAUUAAUGCAAAAAUAUCAAGAAAAAAAUCAGUUUCAUUUAAUAACACCCCUGAGAUUUCAUAUAUUGAAGAUAAUAAUACUAACAAUGAAUACAGUCCAGUUGAAUUUGACAAGAAACAAUUAGAAGUAAACAUGAAAAUGCUUGAUAUUGAUGAUUGUUCUCCACAAGAUGUAAAUCAAAUCACUAAAAAAUCCGAUGUUCUUGAUGAUAAUGAUGAUAAUGAUGAUGAUGAUGAUGAUAAUGAAGCUGAAUCAAUGGAACUCGAUAUUCUCAUUGACUCUAUUAUAAAAGUUCAGGCUAUUUCUAGGGGAUCAAUAUUCCGCUAUAAUAUGUUUGUUAACAAACUUUUGCUUAAAUCUUUUGAAAAUGAUAUUAUUAUGGUAAACAUAGUUACUUUGCAAAGCAAAAUUAGGGGGAAUUUAUUUAGAAAUUAUAUUAAACUACAUCAAAGAGAUUUGAUUUUAGAUAACAAAAACUUUAUUGAUUCAAUUAUAGCUUUACAAUCUAAAAUUAGAUCCAAUUUAUUUAGAAAAAAAAGUGACAAAAAAAGUAACGAUUUAUUAUUGAAUGCUACUGGUUUUACUCAACUUUUUUCUGUCAUAAGAGGUAAUAAACUAAGAAAUGAUCUAAUGUUAAAACACUUUUUUCUUAAUAAGUUUAUUUAUGAAAUAGUUUUUUUACAAAGUUUUAUUAGAUCAAAAAAUUUAAAUCAAAAAGUCUCUAACAAGUUAAACUAUAUUGAUUUAAUGUCGAAUUCUUCAAUUAAAAAGUUCCAGUCAAUCAUUAGAUCUAAAUUGCUUCAAUCAAGAUUAAAAGCUGAAAAAAAAGUAAUAAAUUCAAAUGAUGUGAUAAAAAGUGUCGAAAUUUUGCAAAGCAGUAUCAGAUCUCUAAAAGUCAAAAAGAAAUUAAAAGAAAUUAACUUGAAUCUUUGGAAGUAUUCUGAUCGAUUUAUUGAUUUACAAUCCAUUGCUAGAGGUGGUUUGCUAAGAAAAAAUUUAAAUUUUAUUCUUGAUACAAUUGAUUUCAAUGAAAACAAAAUCAAUGAAUUAGUUUCUAUAUCAAGAGGAAAAAGAUUAAGAAAAAAUUUACAACUAUUUAAUCAAGAAUUAAAUGCUGGAAAGUCCUUAAAAUCGAUAGUGGAAGUCCAAUCUAUUGUCAAAGGUUUAUUAUCUAGAUACAAAACAGAUGUUUUGUUAGACGAGUUAGAUUUGGAAACAGAUGUUAUUAUUGAAUUACAAUCAAUAAUUAGAGGUGGUUUUUUAAGGAGUAAUAUAACAAAAAUGUUUGAGUAUUAUAACAAAAAUGUCGACAAAGUUAUAAAAGUUCAAAACUACAUUCGUUCAAAAUUAAUCAAAAAUUCAUAUCAAAAAUUAAUCAUGAUGGAAAAUCCUCCAUUAUCAAUUGUUAAAAACUACGCUUACUUAUUAAAUGACACUGAAAAGGAUUUUCAAGAAGAAAUGGUUUUAAGCAAUUUGAAGCAGGAAAUCAAAUUCAAAACUACUUCAAUCAAAAAAUUGGAGGAUAUAAAUUCCAAAUUAGAUAUUAAAAUUGCAUUGUUGGUUAAAAACAAAAUAACAUUGGAUGAAUUAAUAAAGCAACGAAAUAACGGAUACAAUGGAUAUAAAGUUAACUCAACAAAUAAUCAAGUAGGUUUAAUUGAUAUUACAAGUCUUAAUAAAAACACUAGAAUGAUAAUUGAAAACUAUCAAAGCUUAUUUUAUCUUUUGCAAACACAACCGGAUUAUCUAACUCGAAUUAUGAACCAAUUUAUUUCAAAAAGCAAAUACGUUAUUUCUAACGAGUCGGACUCGGGGUUUCAAAAUUCUAUUUCAUCAAAUUCCAACAAAAGACAUAAUAUAAUAAUUCCCAAAAGAGAGGAGUUUUUAUUUAUACGAUUUUUGAUUUAUUUAAUCGAAUUUGCUUUUGAUUUUUUUGCAAAGAGCAUUGAUGAUUUUAUAAUAUCAUUUAAUUUUGCAUCCAGUAAACUACUAUUUUUGUUCAACUCUUGUUUAUAUCAAAAAAAGAAAUUAAGAAAGAUUGUUCAGGAUUUUAUUGUUCACAUCGCUAAUCUUGAAAAUUUAUCGUUGGAAUCUGAUCCAGUAAAGAUAUAUGAAAGUCAUUUAAAAGAAGAAAGUAAAAAACAAGGAAAAAAAAUAUUACCAAAUCCUCAGCUAAAAGUUGAGGAAAUUAUUCAGGAACCGAUAAUAAGAAAUAAAUUUAUUAGCAAUUUACAAAAUUUAAGAGAGUUGACUAAUUUAUUGAUUAGUAUAAUUGAAAAAAAGUUGUUUGAAAAUCCCAAAGCGAUUAACGAAAAUUUUCCUAUUCAUAUUAGAUUGAUUUGUUUUAGUAUCUAUAAGAAAUCAAUUAAAAAGUUUCCAACCCUUCCUGAAAAAAACCAUUUAGGAUUAAUUGGAUCAAUAUUUAUUGACAAUUAUCUCAAUAUGAUUUUGAAAGCACCUGAGAACUUUGGACUUGAUGUUUUAAUCAGCAAAAAUUUGAAAGAAAAUCUAGGUGAAGUUGGGUUAUUAUUAUAUCAAACAUUUUUGAUGAAACCAUUUGGUAUUGAUAAUGUAUAUUUGCAACCAUUGAAUGAUUUUAUUUAUUCAUUAAAUGAUCGGAUUGGAAAAAUCAUGAAAGAACUUAUAAAGGGAAAUGAUGAUAUUGAAAGUGCAUAUAACAUGACAGUAUUUGAUGAUAUUAUUGCACAUCAUAGACCAACACUAUUGAUCGAACUUAAAGAUAUGAUUAAUAUUUUCGAGUUAAUACGGGAAAACUUGAAUAUUGUCUGUAUUGACAAACAAGCUACUAUAAGAGAAUAUAUCAUUGAAAUUAUCAAAUUAAGUAAAGACACAAAAGAUUUAAGGUUAAUAAUAGGUUCAAAAGAGUUUAAAUUAAUGUUGGACCCACAGACAUCUGAUAUAUCUAAUACAGACGUCAAAACAAAUACUUUAUUAAUUCAAGCCAAAAGAUGCAUUUUAUAUAUCAUGAGAGUUCAAGAAGCUGACAAUUUAUAUGAAUUAUUAGUUAAAAAGAUUGAAUUGGAGGACGAAAUUAAAUAUAAGAAAAUCAUAGAAGAUGAAAUGAGUGAAAAAAUGGACAAGAGUAUAUACACCAAAGAUAAGCAGGGAUCAUUAGGUGUUAAUUUAUCCAAAAUUACUUUUCACGACCUAAAAUGUUUAUCUUUAGAAAGAAUACUUGAACUAGAUAGUAUUGGAAAGAUAAGUAGGGAAGAUAAUUUUCAAUCAUUGUUGAAUCAGAUUUCGUUUGAUAUUAAAACUAAGCACAAUCAAAGAUUGAAAAGACAGAAAGAAAUUAAAUUAAUUAGACAAACAAUUAAGGGGCUAGAAAAUAAAGAAGAAUAUCUUAAGAAUUUAUUGAAAGUUUAUAAUAGCUAUAUUGAAAAAGCAAUGAUUAAUUUACAACGGAAACCAACGUUGAAUUCUAAUAAAAAGUUGAUAAAUAUUUUUUCAAAGCAAUAUGCUUAUCAACGAAAACUAAUAAAACAAGGGAAAGUUCCAAAAUUUGGAUCAUUUAAAUACAGUGGUAAAUACUUAUAUGAACAUAAAAUACUAAAAAAUUUGAAAUUUGGUGGAAAUGGUUUGCUAGAAUUGAACAGAGUGAACUUUAUGUUUUCUAGUGAUGAAAUCGGUGUUUUUUUGAUUGAAGUUGAAUAUUAUGGUAAUAAUGUUAUUCCAAACGCUGUUGUCAAAUUAACAUUAGACAAUUUGCUCCAAUAUCAGUAUGAAAAUAAAGAGUUUAUUGAAAUGUUUAGUGGCAUGGCUCAAUUUGAAACUAAUACUUUGCUAACAUUUAUUUUCAAAAAGUUUUAUGACAAUCAAAACUAAAAGAAUAUGAGUAUUCAAACUUUCACUAUUUUCAUUAUUUUCAUUUCAUUAUUUUCAUUUCAUUAUUCUUAGUUUUUUUGUUUUAUAUAUUCCAUAUUUUUAGUGUUUUUUGUAUACCAUUAAUAAUUUAUAAUGUUUU